AUAGAACAAAUUGAUUCGAUAGAAAUGACAAGGGCUUCAAGUGGUGCUAUUACAUGGACAAGCGAUGAUAGUGAUAGUAACACUGAUGUAGAAGUAAAUACUAAUGAGAAAAAUGUUGUUAAAAUAUGA